UCUGAGUUAAGCAGAUAAAUAAAUACUCUCCUUACAUUUCCAAUAGGUUUAUUGUAACAUGCGAAAAAAUGGUGCUCACUCUGAAUGUUAUUCUGUUCCUAACUUUGCAUCUCUUGCCUGGAAUGAAAAGCUCAAUGGUAAAUUUGAUUAACAAUGGAUAUGAUGGCACUGUCAUUGCAAUUAACCCCAGUGUGCCAGAAGAUGAAAAACUCAUUCAAAACAUAAAGUUUCAGGAAAUGGUAACUGAAGCUUCUACUUACCUGUUUCAUGCCACCAAACGAAGAGUUUAUUUCAGGAAUGUAAGCAUUUUAAUUCCAAUGACCUGGAAGUCAAAAUCUGAGUACUUAAUGCCAAAACAAGAAGCACAUGACCAGGUAGGUAAUAUUAUGGGUCUUAAUUUAGAUGAAAAAUUCCUUGCAGAUGUCAUAGUUGCUAAUUCUUACCUAAAAUAUGGAGAUGAUCCCCAUACACUUCAACAUGGAAAAUGUGGAGAAAAAGGACAAUAUAUACAUUUUACUCCAAACUUCUCGUUGACUAAUAAUUUGCCUAUCUAUGGCCGGGAUACAUGUAUUGCCCAUCUCCGAUGGGGAAUAUUUGAUGAGUAUAAUGUGGACCAGACAUUCUAUAUUUCCAGAAGAAACACUAUUGAAGCAACAAGAUGUUCAAUUCAUAUUACUGGUAUAAACGUGGUUUUCAAGAAAUGCCAGGGAGGCAGCUGCAUAACAAGGCCAUGCAGACGUGACUCAUAGACAAGGCUGUAUGACGCAAAAUGUAUAUUCAUCCCAGAAAAAUCCCAGACUGCAAGGGAGUCCAUUAUGUUUAUGCAAAGUCUCCAUUCUGUGACUGAAUUUUGUACAGAAAAAACACACGAUACAGAAGCUCCAAACCUACAAAACAAAAUGUGCAAUGGCAGAACCACGUGGGAUGUAAUCAUGGACUCUGAUGACUUUCAGAAUAUAUCUCCUAUGAGAGAAAUGAAUCCACCGACUCAUCCUACAUUUUCGUUACUCAAGUCCAAACAGCGGGUAGUCUGUUCGUUACUUGAUAAAUCUGGAAGCAUGAAUUCAGAAGACUGUCUCUUUCGAAUGGAUCAAGCAGCAGAACUACACUUGAUUCAAAUUAUCAAAAAGGGAUCCUUGGUUGGGAUGGUUACAUUUGACAGUGUUGCUGAAAUCCGAAAUCAUCUAACAAAAAUAACUGAUGAUGGGCUUCAUGAUGAUGUUUACCGAAAUCUGCCUCAAGCUGAUGGUGGAACUUCAGUUUGCAGGGGACUCAAAGCAGGAUUCCAGGCAGUUAUCCACAGUAACCAAAGCACUUCUGGUUCUGAAAUCAUAUUACUAACUGAUAGGGAAGAUAAUGAAAUAAACUUAUGCUCUGAGGAGGUAAAACAAAGUGGUGCGAUCAUCCACAUCAUUGCUCUGGGAUCUUCUGCUGCCAAAGAACUGGAGACACUGUCAGAUAUGACAGGAGGACAUCAUUUUUAUGCCAAUAAAGACAUAAAUGGCCUUACUAAUGCUUUCAGUAGAAUUUCAUCUAGAAGUGGCAGCAUCACUCAGCAGGCUAUUCAGUUGGAAAGCAAAGCCUUGACAAUUACAGGAAGGAAAUGGAUAAAUGGUACAGUGCCUAUGGACAGUACAAUUGGAAAUGCCACUUUCUUUGUUGUCACAUGGACAAUACAAAAGCCAGAAAUUCUUCUCCAAGGUCCACAAGGAAAGAAAUAUAAAACCUCAGAUUUCAAAGAAGAUAAGCUAAAUAUUCGAUCUGCUUGUCUUCGAAUACCAGGUAUUGCAGAAACAGGUACUUGGACUUACAGCCUUCUAAAUAAUCAUGCCAGCCCUCAAAUGCAAACGGUGACAGUGACUACUCGAGCAAGAAGUCCUACUACACUCCCAGUAAUUGAAACAGGUCAAAGUCAAACUACAGCCCAUUACCCUAACCCACUGAUUGUUUAUGCACAAGUCAGUCAAGGGUUUUUGCCUGUACUGGGAAUCAAUGUAACAGCCAUUAUAGAAACCGAAGAUGGACAUCAAGUAACAUUAGAGCUAUGGGACAACGGUGCAGGUACUGAUACUGUCAAGAAUGAUGGCAUCUACUCAAGAUAUUUUACAGAUUAUCAUGGAAGCGGUAGAUACAGUUUAAAAGGACAUGCCCAGGAAAGAAACAACAUGGCUAGGCUAAGUUUAAGACAACAACAGAACAAAGCUCUGUACAUACCAGGCUAUGUUGAAAAUGGUAAAAUUAUACGGAACUGGCCCAGACUUGGAGUCAAAGGUGACGUGGCAAAAGUUGAAAUGGACUUUAGCAGACUAACCUCUAGAGUGUCGUUUACUGUAUCAGGAGCUCCUCCUCCUGGUAAUCACCCUCACAUGUUCCCACCCGCUAAAAUUACAGACCUUGAGGCUAAGUUUAAAGAAGAUCAUAUUCAACUUUCAUGGACAGCCCCUAGCAAUGUCCCAGAUAAAGAAAACGCCAAUAGGUACAUUAUAAGAAUAAGUAAGAGUUUCCUGUAUCUCCGAGAAGAUUUUGACAAUGCUGCUUUAGUGAAUACUUCAAGUCUAAUACCUAAGGAGGCCAGCUCAAUAGAAAAUUUUGAAUUUAAGUCAGAACCUUUUAAAAUAGAAAAUGUUACCUAUAUUGCAGUCCAAGUCAUCAAUGAAGCCAAUAACACCUCAGAGGUUUCUAAUGUUGCACAAAUAGCCAAGCUUAUUCUUCUGUCAGAAGACAGUGUCCCUGCUCUGGGUACCAAAAUUUCUGCAAUCAGUUUGGCAAUUUUUGUAUUAGUUUCGCCUCAGCCGCCCAGCGGCGCGCACCUGACAACGAACACGACCCUCCCCGAGGCGGAACUGGCCAAGCUCCCGGCGCGCCCCGCGGCGAUCCUGAAGGGUUGCCCGGUAGUCCUCUGCAAGCCCACCGCGGCCCCUGCCGACGUUAGUGGCAGCACUCCCGGUAGGACAGGCCCUGUGUCUCGGCCGCCGCCGCCGCCGCCGCCGCCUGGGCGCGCGGCCGGCUCCGAGGCGCUAGUUCUCUCCCCUCACCCCACCCUCUCUCUCCCCCUUCACGGAAACGACAGCUGCGGCGGCGGGACUGGCGCCGCCUCCCUCCACCUACCACGUCUGACCCCGCCACUCGCCCGGCGCCCCAGCCCGGCCGCGGCGCCUCAGCCUCCCCGCUAG